AUGUCGACGUCCAAAGAGAUACUCGCGGCUGCCAGUCAGCUGCACAAGUGGACGCUCAACGGCAACAAGCUCGAACGUCAGCUGUGCUUCAAGGACUUCAAUAUUGCUUUCGGCUUCAUGACUAGGGUUGCUAUGAAAGCAGAGCGUAUGAACCACCAUCCGGAAUGGAGUAAUGUCUACAACAAGGUCAAUAUACAGCUCACAACGCACGAUACCUCUGGACUGACUCAGAAAGACAUCAAGCUAGCACAGUUCAUUGAUCAAGCAGCAGCGGAAGUGAUGUAG